AUGAAAUCUACACCCAAUCAACUAUUAGAUUAUCGUUGUCGUCUUGGAAGUCCAACAUCAUUAGGACGUUCAGGUGUUAGUCAAAUGUAUCAUUUAAAUGUGCUUGAAGGUGAAGGACAUAAAAUAUUACAAGAAUUAUUUCCCCAACUAAAAGAUAAAUUAUUAAAUGAAUAUGAUAUUCAUGAAGCAGUGCAACUAAUUGUCGAUCAAUCAUUAAAUAUUGUUAAAGAUAUAAAAUAUCGACAAAAGCAUCAUGUUGAUUCAUCGUCGAUUGAUUUGUAUGGUGAUUUUAUUAUUAAUUGUACUGGUCGAAAUACAUCAUCAGUCAAAUGGUUAAAAGAAAGUUUUAAUUUAAUUGUACCGGCUAUACAAAUACAUUUUGGUUUAGAUUAUGUUACAUUUAUUGGUGAAAGAUUUAAAACUGGAGAUCCAUCGCUGGAUUCAAAGCAUAUAAUUGGUUACGCACUUAACGCUCCCGAUAAAAAUGCAGGAUUUGGUAUAACUCCAAUACGUGAAAUAAAGACAAUGGAUGAAAAUUCCUUAGGAGCAUUAUCAAUACUUCUGCUUCAAUGCGUUAAUUACGAAUAUCCAUCAAAUGAUUCCUAUGAAAAUUUAUUAGAGUGGAUAAAAGAAAAGUUGGAUCCAGAAUAUUAUUCAAUAUUUAAAUCAAAAAAAGUAUGUAGUCCAUUAGUUUCAUAUCGUCGUAUGAUUGAUGAUCGAAAGCGUGUUGGACAAUUAGGUAAAAAGUGGCCUCAAAAUUAUGUAUUAUUGGGUGAUGCAAUAUGUACUUUUAACCCUACAUAUGGGCAGGGUAUGACACAUGCAUGUAGACAGGCAAGAGAAUUAAGAAAAAUAUUUCAAGAGAAUUGUCAUAAGUUAAAAGAUAUUUCUCACAUUUUCAAUCGUCGUGCUUCAGCAAUUACUGAAGAAUGUUGGCUUCUUUCGACCACAAAUGAUUGGAAAACACUAACAUUAAAAAUUAUAAAGGGUGACCCAGAAGUCCUGACUCGAUUUGUAUAA